CCGAGAGAGGUCGGCGCGCCCCGCGUCCCGUCCGCCGCGCGCCUGGGUCGGGCCGGGCUCGGAACCCCAGCCAUGCUGUUCUGGCACACGCAGCCCGAGCACUACAACCAGCACAACUCCGGCAGCUACCUGCGCGACGUCCUCGCUCUACCUAUCUUCAAGCAGGAGGAGCCCCAGCUGUCCCCCGAGAACGAGGCCCGCCUGCCACCCCUGCAGUAUGUGCUGUGUGCCGCCACGUCCCCAGCUGUGAAGCUGCACGAAGAGACUUUGACCUACCUCAACCAAGGUCAGUCUUAUGAAAUCCGACUGCUGGAGAAUCGGAAGCUGGGAGAUUUUCAGGAUCUGAACACAAAAUACGUGAAGAGCAUUGUCCGCGUGGUGUUCCACGACCGGCGGCUGCAGUACACGGAACACCAGCAGCUGGAGGGCUGGCGAUGGAGCCGGCCUGGGGACCGCAUCCUGGACCUCGAUAUUCCACUGUCUGUUGGUAUCUUGGACCCCAGGGCCAGCCCGACCCAGCUGAAUGCAGUUGAGUUUUUGUGGGACCCUUCGAAGAGAGCAUCUGCUUUCAUUCAGGUGCACUGCAUCAGCACAGAGUUCACCCCGAGGAAGCACGGGGGCGAGAAGGGUGUGCCCUUUCGGGUGCAGAUCGAUACCUUCAAGCAGAAUGAGAAUGGGGAGUACACGGAGCAUUUGCACUCGGCCAGCUGCCAGAUCAAGGUGUUCAAGCCAAAGGGAGCUGACCGGAAGCAGAAAACUGACCGAGAGAAGAUGGAGAAAAGAACGGCCCAAGAGAAGGAGAAGUACCAGCCGUCCUAUGAGACCACCAUCCUCUCCGAGUGUUCCCCGUGGCCCGACGUGGUUUACCAGGUGAACAGUGCCUCGUCCCCAAGCUACAACGGCUCUCCGAACAGCUUCGGCCUUGGUGAAGGCAACAGCUCCCCGACCCACCCGGCGGAGGCCCUGCCCGUGGGCAGUGACCACCUGCUUCCCUCGGCCUCCAUGCAGGACGCCCAGCAGUGGCUCCACCGCAACAGAUUCUCCCAGUUCUGCCGGCUCUUCGCCAGCUUCUCGGGUGCUGACCUGCUGAAGAUGUCCCGCGAUGAUCUGGUCCAGAUCUGCGGCCCUGCAGAUGGGAUCCGGCUCUUUAACGCCAUCAAAGGCAGGAACGUGAGGCCGAAGAUGACCAUUUACGUCUGCCAGGAGCUGGAGCAGAGCCGCAUGCCCCUGCAGCAGAAGCGGGACGGCGGCGGGGACCCCAAUCUGUGUGUGUACCACGCCAUCUUCCUGGAGGAGCUGACCACCUUGGAGCUGACCGAGAAGAUCGCCAACCUGUACAGCAUCUCCCCGCAGCACAUCCAUCGGGUGUACCGGCAGGGCCCCACCGGCAUCCACGUGGUGGUCAGCAACGAGAUGGUGCAGAAUUUCCAAGAUGAAUCCUGUUUCAUCCUCAGUACCUUAAAAGCCGAGAGCAAUGACGGCUACCAUGUCGUCCUGAAAUGUGGCCUCUGAACAGAGACGAGCAGGCAGCCACCUCCUGCCUUCAGCCCCGUGGACCCCCUUGGAUGUAGAAAGCGCACCCUGGGAAGCUGCGGCGAGGAGGGGCCUGGCCCAGCCCGUGAAAGCCACAGACCAACCACUAGCCAAGACCCUCGGAGGCCAUGUCUCUGGCGGGCAGAAAGCCUCGCCCUCCUCCUAGCCCCAGCUUCGGAGCGGUUCCUUGUUCUUGCCAGCCCUGCCAUUCUGAAGAGGCCGGCGGUGGGGCAUCUCCUCUGAUGUCCCCCUAAUUGGAGGCCAGCUCACCGGGUACCUGGGUGCCACCUGUACUGGUCCCUGCCUUCGCCCUCUUCUCUGGUAACUGGCUCGGUGAUGGGGCUGCUGACGAAAUGGGGGUUGGCGACUGUUCUCCUGUCUUCAUGUCGGUUUCCCGUCUCAGUGACCCGGGUGAGCAUCCGUCUUUCCUGUUACUGGGUGGAUUGAUGGGAUUUGGGUUUAUUCUGUGUCUCUGCUUCACUCACGUUACCUUGAUUCUAAAGGUCUGCUGCUCGGAGCCCAGAGGUGGGCUCGCAUCUCUUCACUGCCGGGCCAGACACACCACGGGGCCACACAGACCUAGUUCCAAGGCCCUUGGGAGGGACAGGGGGAGGCUAGAAAGACUAAUUUUAGGCACAUUCUCAUGAAUAUAAAAGGGAAGAUAACCAAAUGAUUUCUCUUGAGCUCCUUCGGUAUAAUUUUAUUUCCUAAGCAAUCAUGGGUAAAGGAGGACUAGGAAAUGAGCAUUCCGUUGUAGGAUCACAUGACCUUGACUCUCCCGACACCAGGCCCUCGUGGAUAGACUCACCAAAUCCCAUUUAGACAAGACCUCCAAACUUGCCAAGCUUCCUAGAGACAUUGUAUCUUCUGGGAGGGCUCCCCUUUAAAUGUUUCUCUUUUUUCAUUUGUCGAGGGUGUGUUUGGGGCAUUUCACCUGCACUGGAGUGGUUGGAUCACCUUUCUCAGUGGCCUAACUUGGGGGAAAUUUGAAUAUCAGUAACCAGUAGACUCAGGAAUUAGUCUUUGUCUCUGUUUUCUGGGACCCACUGAUCUGUACUGGGCCCAGGCUUCAACUCUUUGCUCAUGUAAGUUCAACUUACAAAGCAUGGUGAGCGCUGUGACCAACUGAGUAGGACUUGCCAGCUUUUUAAGUGGAGCUUUGGGGGAAUAUAGAGUUGAUCAGAAUGCACAGACCUUGUUUUACAGAUGGAGAAACCAAAGCCCAGAGGGGCAAAGCCACCUGCCUGAUAGCGCAUAGUGAUAGAGUAAUGACAUAAACUUGUCAUCUGAACCAGGACACUUCUGAGAGUGAAAGGGGCUCUAGCAAUAACUGCGUUGGGACGACAGGUGUGGUGUCCUACGGUGUAAGGACAAGCUUCUGGUUCCCUCUGCUUUUUGGGGGUGGGGGGAGGAGGGGCACAUAACAGCUUUACUGAGAUAUGAUUCACAUACUGUACAAUUUACCCGUUUAUAGUGUACAAUUCUAUGAUUUUUUUAGUCAAUUCACAGAACCACCACAUCAAUUUUAGAACAUUUUCAUCAUCCCUAAAAGAAACCCUGUACCCUUGGCAAGUACUCUCCUAUUUUCCUUACAAUUCCUCUAGUCCUAGGCAACCACAAAUCUUCUUUCUGUAUAGGUUGACCUAUUCUAGACAUUUCACAUCUGUCAAAUCAUACAAUAUGUGGUCUUUAGUGACUAGCUGUUUUUUCACUUAACGUAGUGUUUUCUAGGGUCAUCCAUAUUGAACAUAUAUCAGUACUGCCGUCCUUUUUAUAGCUUAAUAAUAUUUCAUUCUACGGCUAUACCAUAUUUGUUCAUCCAUCCAUCAUUUGAUGGAUAUUUGAGUUGUUUCUACCUUGGGGCUAUUAUGAAUAAUGCUGCUAUGAACAUAUUUGUAUACGGUUUGGUGUACACCUAUGUUUUCUUUUAGGAAUAUACAUAUGAGUGGAAUUGCUGGGUCAUAUAGUAACUCUAUGUUUAAUAACUUUUUGAGGAACUGCCAGACUGUUUUCCAAAGCAGCUGCGUCAUUUUACAUUCCCAUCAGCAGUGUAUGAGGCUUCUAGUUUCUCUACAUACUGAUCAACACUUGCUAGUAUGUGUCAUUUUGAUUAUAACAUCCCGGUGGGUGUGACGUGCUGUGGUUUCGAUUUGCAUUUCUCUGAUAGCUAAUGACGUUGAGCAUUUCUUCAUGUGCUUACUGGCCAUUCGUACAUCUUCUUUGGAGAAAUGUCUAUUCACCUCCUUUGCCUAUUUUCAGUUGGCUUAUUUUUCUUUUUGAGUUGUAUGAGUUUUUUGUAUAUUCUAGAUGCAGGUCCUUGAUCAGAUGUAUGAGGUGUCAAAACGUUCUCCACUUCUGUGGGUUGCCUUCACUUUCUUAUGCUGACCUUUGAAGGGCAAAAGUUUUUAAUUUUGUUGAUGUCUAAGACACCUAUUUUUUCUCUUGUUGCUUAUACUUUCAGUGUCCUAUGUAAGAAACUGUCGCCUAAUCCAGGGUCAAGAAGAUUUAUGCUUAUGUUUUCUUCUAAGAAUUUUGAUAGUUUUAGCUCUCCAAUAGUCUUUGAUUAAUUUUGAGUUAAUUUUUAAAUAUGGUGUGAGGUAGGGGUCCAACUUCAUUCUUUUGCAUGUAGGUAUCCAGCUGUCCCAGCACCAGUUGUUGAAAAGACUAUUGGAAUCCCCAUAGAAUUGCCUUCAUACCGUUGCUAACGGCCCCUGAUUCUUACUGGAUCUUUUUUUCUGUGACAUGGGGCUGUCAUCAGGAAGCUCACCUUUUUUUUUUUUUUUAAACUCAGCCCACAUCUGGCUCCCCCAUUUUUACACCUGACUUGCUAUUCUCUUCUUGCUGUCUCCCCCUUUCCCUGUCUCAACAGUACUGGGUCACGUCACUCUCUGAUGUUCUGCAACCCUUCUGGGUGCGUAGCUCCACACGUCAGUUCUAGAGGAUCAAGACCAGUCAUUUCCUUUUUUGAGGAGACAGAGUCGCACAGAAGUGGAAUAACUUGCUCAAGGUCCCCCAGAUCCAGGACUAGACUGUUGAUCUUGUGACUGCUGACCUUUCAAGGUGUCUGCCAUUCACUAGAUCCAAGAGAUCCCGCUACCUAGACCCAAGUGAUGGCAGGCUAAAAUCUUAAUUCUAAAAAUGUGGUAGGCUACUAUUUUUAUUUCUUCAUUCCAGAUGAGGGUCUAAUCAAGAUCUGGUACCUUAAGUUUGCUGUAGGUAGAGUCUUCUGUUCUCUAGAAUACACACUGCAUCUGCUCUGCUUAUCUUCUCCUAGUGGUUAUAGUUCAAUCUUGUAGCUUACAGAGAAGUAGAAAAUAAUAAAUAUAAAAAAAGAAUACACAUAGUCAUUUGGUACCAAAAUGUUUUCGCCGCCCAAAUCAGCAGCUCGUGCCUUCCACACGGGUCAGCUGAGCUAGCUGUAGGUUUUGGAGUUUUGUUUCUGUUUUGCUUAUUUUAUUAAAGUACAGAAAAGCUGUAGCCCUUCCCACUCCUGUCCACUGUCUUUCUUGUGAGCUCCGAGUCUAGAGUCUGGGCCUGCUGGACAGGCAGCCCCUCCCAGAACUGUCCCCUCUGCCCCCACGUAUUCUAGGC